AUGGCUGACAGAAAAACAUGCCCCAAAUUCGAUCAGAUAAUGCAGGACACAACCACCAACAAGCAGAUCAAUUCCCCAACCACCGCCGCCGCGGCGCUCCGUCUCUUCUUCCACGACUGCCUCGUCGAAGGCUGCGACGCAUCCGUCCUUAUCUCCUCCAGACCCUUCAGCAAAGCCGAACGUGACGCCGACAUCAACCUCUCCCUCCCUGGAGACGGGUUCGACGUCGUUGUAAGGGCGAAAACCGCUCUCGAACUCGCUUGCCCUGGCGUUGUCUCCUGCGCCGAUAUCCUCGCCGUCGCUACUCGUAAUCUCGUCACGAUGAUGGGCGGACCUUUCUACACCGUGAAAUUAGGUCGCCGUGACGGAUUAGUUUCGAGAGCGUCGCGCGUUGAGGGCAAUCUCCCUCGACCUACGAUGUCGAUGAAUCAACUCAUCAGUAUCUUCAGUUCUAGAGGGUUUUCAAUUCAGGAAAUGGUGGCAUUAACAGGUGCUCACACCAUCGGAUUCAGUCAUUGCAAGGAAUUCAGUUCAGAGAUCUACAAUUACAGCAGAACAUCACAAUACGAUCCGUCGUUCAAUCCAAGAUACGCCGAGGGAUUAAGAUCUGCUUGUGCGGAUUACCACCGGAAUCCUUCCUUAUCGGUGUUCAACGACGUGAUGACUCCUCGAAACUUCGAUAAUGCGUACUACCAAAACUUGCCGAAAGGACUUGGAGUUUUGAAAUCGGAUAGGGCGCUUGUAAUGGAUCCGAGAACGAAGCCAUAUGUGGAGUUGUAUGCUAGAGACCAGAAAGUUUUCUUUGAGGCAUUUGGUCGAGCAAUGGAGAAGCUUGGUUUGUACGGUGUGAAGAGUGGCCGGAGAGGAGAAAUCCGGCGCCGGUGCGAUUCAUUCAACUAG